AUGGGGGCUACAAAGAUCGAUGGGAAAGCCAUUGCCCAGAAGAUCAGAGAACGCCUGGCAACCGAGGUCCGCGACAAACAGAGUGUCAAUCCGCGGUACAAGCCUUGUUUGAAAAUCAUCCAAGUCGGUGAUCGGCCUGAUUCGACUACCUAUGUGCGGAUGAAGCUGAAGGCAGCAGAGGAAGCGGGUAUUGAUUGUGCCCUGGUUCAUCUUCCAGACUCCAUUUCCGAACCCGAACUCUUGCAGCAGAUCAUUGACUUCAACAAUGAUCCUGCUGUCCAUGGGAUUCUCGUCCAGCUACCUAUCCCCAAACAUCUCUCAGAGCAUACCAUCACGUCUGCCGUCGUGGACGAAAAGGAUGUGGAUGGGUUUGGAGCGACAAACAUUGGAGAGCUCGCAAAACGCGGCGGUAAACCUUUCUUCGUACCCUGCACUCCGAAGGGAGUCAUGGUGUUGUUGCAAGAGAGUGGUGUCGAUCCUCGGGGCAAAACGGCCGUUGUCCUCGGUCGUAGUGAUAUCGUGGGCAGUCCGGUCAGCUACCUUCUGAAGAAUGCCGAUGCGACGGUCAUAGUCUGCCAUUCCAAAACCCAAAACAUCGCGGAUGUGGUCAAGCAAGCUGAUAUCUUGGUUGCCGCCAUUGGACAGCCAGCAUUCGUCAAAGGUGACUGGUUGAAGCCAGGAGCGGUGGUCAUCGACGUGGGCACAAACUACAUCUCGGAUCCGUCCAGGAGCUCGGGACAGCGCCUUGUCGGAGACGUUGAAUUCGAGUCGGCUGUUCAGGUUGCUUCUCAGAUCACCCCGGUCCCUGGUGGUGUUGGCCCGAUGACAGUUGCCAUGCUCAUGCAGAACGUCGUCGAUGCCGCUUCGGCUUACUUUGAGAGACUGAAAGCAAGACACGUCACUCCUUUACCGCUCAAGCUUGUCAAGCCCGUGCCGUCAGACAUUGAAGUUUCAAGAUCGCAGCAUCCCCGGCACAUCACUCAAAUUGCCUCUGACAUUGGCAUCGCCCCUCACGAAUUGGAACCGUAUGGUGCCCACAAAGCCAAAGUGGACCUGUCCGUUCUUUCCAGGCUGGCACAUCGGAGGGAUGGAAAAUAUAUCCUGGUUAGUGGUAUUACUCCAACGCCACUGGGAGAAGGCAAAUCCACCACGACCAUGGGUCUUACGCAGGCCUUGGGGGCUCACUUGGGAAAAGUAGCAUUUGCCAAUGUCCGACAGCCAAGCAUGGGACCGACCUUUGGCAUCAAGGGUGGUGCUGCAGGUGGUGGCUAUAGUCAGGUCAUCCCCAUGGACGAAUUCAACCUUCAUCUGACGGGUGACAUCCACGCCAUCACAGCCGCAAAUAACCUGCUGGCUGCCGCCAUUGACACACGCAUGUUUCACGAAUCUACACAGAAGGAUGGGCCAUUGUACAAAAGGCUGGUGCCCAGCAAGAAGGGCAAGCGCGAGUUCGCCCCGGUCAUGCUUCGGAGACUGAAGAAGCUAGGGAUAGACAAAACGAACCCCGACGACCUGACCGAGGACGAGAUCAGGCGGUUUGCACGGCUCGACAUUGAUCCCGAGACCAUCACUUGGAGGCGAGUCCUGGAUGUCAACGACCGUCUUCUGCGAGGCAUCACCAUCGGUCAGGCUCCCACCGAGAAGGGCCACAGUAGACAGACAGCCUUCGACAUUUCUGUUGCCAGCGAGUGCAUGGCCAUCCUGGCACUGAGCAACGACCUGCGAGACAUGCGGGAGCGGCUUGGUCGAAUAGUGAUUGGGUCUUCGAAGGCGGGAGACCCUGUUACUUGUGAUGACAUUGGCGCCGGUGGUGCCCUCACCGCUCUCAUGAAGGAUGCUAUCAAGCCUAAUCUCAUGCAGAGUUUGGAGGGAACCCCCGUUUUUGUCCAUGCUGGGCCGUUCGCAAACAUCAGCAUCGGCAACAGCUCUAUUCUCGCUGACAAGCUGGCACUCAAGCUUGCAGGAACGGAACCCGAUGAAGAUCACGAAGCCAAGGCUGGCUUUGUUGUCACCGAAGCGGGCUUUGAUUUUACCAUGGGCGGCGAACGGUUUUUCAAUAUCAAAUGCCGAAACUCCGGUCUUGUUCCUGAUGUCGUUGUCGUGGUGGCCACCAUUCGAGCACUGAAGGUCCACGGCGGCGGUCCCGAGAUUGUCGGAUCUGCGCUCCCAGAAGCAUACCGCACCGAAAACACGGAGAUGUUGCGCGCGGGCUGCGUCAAUCUCAAGAAGCACAUUGCCAAUGCCAAGUCCUACGGCAUCCCCGUGGUAGUGGCGAUCAACAAGUUCGACACCGACACCGAAGCCGAGCUCAAAGUGAUUGAAGAGGAAGCCCUGGCCGCCGGUGCGGAAGCAGCGGUCCCCGCCAACCACUGGGCGGAAGGGGGUGCCGGUGCCGUCGACCUGGCCAAGGCCGUGAUCGAGGCUUCGUCGAAGCCCAAGUCCUUCAAAUUCCUCUACGAUCUGGAGGGUACCGUGCAGGAGCGCAUCGAGAAGAUUGGAAAGGAGAUGUACGGGGCCGGAGCGGUCGAGUUUAGCGAGCUGGCCCAGAAAAAGGUCGACAUGUACACUAGACAGGGCUUUGGGAACCUGCCCAUCUGCAUCGCAAAGACUCAGUACUCGCUGAGCCACGACCCGGCCCUCAAGGGCGCGCCCACGGGCUUCACGGUCCCGAUCCGGGACGUCAGAUUGGCCGUCGGCGCAGGGUACCUGUACGCACUGGCCGCGGACAUCCAGACCAUUCCUGGUCUCCCGACAGCGCCGGGAUAUUUGAACGUUGAUGUGGACCCCGAGACGGGCGAGAUAGAUGGGCUGUUCUAG